GCAGCGAAGAGAGGGCGUGGUAAUUUUGAUAGAAAAAGUGCGCGAUGAAGUGGAAGUUUCUAAUAGUGCGUGUGUUUAUAACCCUACUUGAAUUGCGUCAUCAGUAGAAUGGAUUAAUAGUAAUCAGUCGUGAACAAUUAAAACAGUAUAUUUUGUGUAAGAAGGUGGAGAAAACAUAAACUAUUUGUUGAUCGCACUUGCAAACUCUGCAAUAUGCCAGAAGAAAGUGAUGACGAUGCUUAUUGAGCAUUAUAUGAAAUGGUAUAAGAAUGUUUUCAAGAAAGUUCUAAAUAUAUCGUGGGAAUCGUUUUCGAUAUAAAUAGUGAACAUGGAACAGCUACGUUUGCAUUGUGAAUACGUGUAUUGCGGACUGGUGAUUAUCUCCGAUUGUUACGUCUUCGGGCUCGACAUUCAUGGUUGGAUUUGUCAUCAUUUUGGAGUCAUCGUUGGAUUUGAGGUUGGAUUGAAUUCAGAAGGACUUGGGGAGUCGCAGCAGCAGCAGCGGUGGCGGCGGCGGCGGUGCGGGGGCCCGAGCGGCCGCUGA